UGGACGAGAAGUUCGUCCUUUUCACCACGUUUUCACCCUAAGAGGUGCUAUUUAUUUAUUUAUUAUUUCUUUCUUUAUUUGGUGAGUCGACCAGUGAAAUCAGUCAACAUUGGACUACGGAUAGAAGGAAGGAUCCUGGCUGAAGGAGGAGGCUGCUAUCAGCCAUGGGGACGGCCAAGAUGAAACAUCUUCGGCCGUUGGUGGUGUGGAUACUUCUAUUCCUGUGUCCAGCCGAAUCCCUCAGAGGGGUCGGGCAUGGAUUGAGGAGAGAAGUAUUCUUCCUGAACCUCGAAGACGGCUACUUCGGCUGCCAGGUGAACGAAUCGACGGACGUGUUGCAGCUCCUCCAGCUGUCCAAGUUGUGCGACGAGCACGUCGAUUGUUACCAGGGCACGGACGAGCAACGUGACAGAUUAAAGUGUACAGGUAAGUUCCUCGCAGCCGAGGAAAACCGGGCGGAAAAGUUGCACGGUCGUGUGAGCAGGCGCGGCGAAUAGGAAAAGAGGCUCUCCUCGCAUGUUCCACGACUCGACUAUGCUACCGUUACGAUCUCCACUGUUUCUUUACGUCAUUCUGUUGUUCCU